CACAAAAAAGAAAAAAAAAAAGCCAAACAAACAGCAAAAUCUUGGCAGAUGACAAUAUUUCAAUAUAUUACAUUAACUGACUUAUCUGUUAAAAUCUGAAUAAAUCGUAUUUCAUUAGCAAAGCGCUUUAAGAUAUAAAUUAUAUUCAGGCAGACUACUGGUGAUGGUAUAAAAACAAUAAAAACAGUAAUCUUCUCUACAUCUUCAACGGCAUUUUGGACGGUAAGCUAUCAACGAUGCGUGAAUUGCAUUGUUGCUUACUGGCUUAACUUGACUACUUCGAGUUUCUGCUAAUUUUGAGCCUCCAGCUUGCCGUACAAAAACAACAAUGGCAGCCACCGAGGACGUAAACGUCCGAAUUUGCGGCCAGGAAAUUAUAAAAUAUGACCUGGAAAUAAAAGCUCUCAUUCAGGACAUCAGGGAGUGUCCUGGACCUCAGUCUGCCCUCAUGGAGCUCAACCUAGAGGUCAAAGAGAAGUUCAGCAAGCUGAGGCUCAGGAUACAGAAUUUGGAGGAGAUGGCGCAAGAGCAAGACAGAGAGUUGGUCAGACUGCAAAUCCUUGCAGAAACGGAGAGCCAGCAACGCCAGAUGAUGAGCAAUCAGGUAGCGUGGAGGAGAGCCAACUUGGCCUGUAAGCUUAUGAUAGACAACCUGGAGAAGGAUGAGCUUCUACAGGGUGGAGAUCACCAAAACAGCAGACAUAGGAAAGUAACCAAAGAAUGUUUGGUAGAAACAAGCGGCAACAUUACAGAGUCUCUGAUGUCCAUCAGCAGGAUGAUGUCUGAACAGGUGAAGCAGACUGAGGACACCAUUGGAGUUCUGGCCACCUCCUCCAGAACAGUGCAGGAAACCAACGAGGAGUUUAAAAGCAUGACGGGGACCAUCCACCUGGGCAGGAAGCUGAUCUUAAAGUACAACCGGAGGGAGCUAACAGACAAGCUGCUCAUCUUCCUGGCUUUUGCCCUGUUCUUCUCCACUGUCCUCUACAUCCUCAAGAAACGCCUCUUCCCCUUUAUUUAGAGCAACAUCUGGACUCAAAUGUGGCCUGUAUGAGGAGGUUUUAGAAGGACUGCAGAUAAACUGGUUACGGGCAGUGACUGUAACAGAAGAAGGUUUUUCAGCGUGUUUAAUAUAAAACAAACAAAAAAAGAUGUUAAGUUUAUUUUCAGGUCAACUGUAACAUGAAUGUUUCAUCUUAAGUGACUAAAGCUGCACACUGCCUGAUGGAUCGCACAAACAAAAAACGUUUUUGAUUUCUUUUUCAAUAUUUAUGUUCAAGAGAAACUGUGUGCGUGCUCUGGAUGGUUUUAAAGAUGCUGUCGUUAUGCGUCUGUGGCAUUUUCCCUCCCAUUGAACAAGGUUGUUACACUCUUAAAUCUCCUUCCUCUUCAUUUCUCAAAGCUGUGGCACUUUUCAACUCCAAAAAUAGAAACCAAGUAGAGAUAAAGUGACCUGAUCCAGGUGAAUUACUGUAAAACUCUGGUCUUUCUCAGGUUGUUGACCAGAGGAUGUCAGGAUAAGAGUUUAAACCACUUCCUUCUACAUUUGAAGGCUCCUGCUCAUGCUCAGUGCUGUGUGAAUACCAAACACAAGAUGUGUUUGAAUGAACAUUUAUUAUUUUCAACAUGUAGCACAACAAUCCUGUAGAAGUACCCGAACGCAUCAUUACUUUGCCUAAAUAAUAAAACAAUUUAUUUUCUAAGUAAAUUCUCACUUUUUUUCCUCACAAGAGUUUUUAACAUUAAUUUUUACAAAAUGCUCUUUAAUUUUUUAUUA